GGUGCCGGGCGCUGCGUUCCGCCCCGCUGCCCCGGCUGGGAGCGGGGUGGGUGGGGACCGGAGGAGGGAGGGCCGCGGGUGGAAAGGGGCGAGCCCCUCUGGUCCCGGACCCGCAGGAGCGGCCGCGGCGCUGGGCGAGCCGGCCAGACGAGGCAGUGCCAUGCUGCCUUUGUGCAAAGUUGGGCGGCGGGCGGCGCGCCGCGCGCAGGGGCCCCGCACACCCGCGACCGCGCGCAGUCGUGGCUGCUGCUGAGUUGCGGGGGCCCCCCGCUCCCCCCGGCCCUAGAAGGCGGAGAGAGCUCGCGUCUCGCUCGGCUUCAGGGUAAGUCCAGCUGUGAGCAGGGCGUUCUGUUCUUCACUUCCAGCAAGACAGGUCUUCGUCACUGUUAAGUUUACGAGUUUGCCCCUGGCCUCCCACCUGGCUCAGUGUUGCUGUCGUCCAGAGACAUCCAUCUUCAGCACCAUGAUUCUUAUGUUUGCACCCAUCAGCGUGUCUCAGGAACUGUACCAGGGACUUAAAACAUAAAUUCAUUUAAUCCUCACAACCACCUUAGGAGUUGAGUAUUAUUAUAAUUCCCACUUUACAGACGAAGAAGCUAAGCCAGUGCAAACAACUUGCCCAAAUUCAUAGGAGUAGAAAAUGGGGGAGCUAGGAUUCAAACUCCCAUCCAUCUCCGGGAAGAGUUUCUCAACCUCGGCACUCUAACAUGUGGGGUCAGGUAUUUAUCUGUAGUGUGUGCAUGUGUUGAGUGUGUCUGUCCUGUGCAUUGUAAUAUGUUUAACACCAGCACCUCUUGCCUUCUCCCCACUAGAAGCCAUGGAAGCCCCUUCCCUACUAUGUGACAACCAAAAAUGUCUCCAGACGUUGCCAAAUGUUCUUUAGGUUAUGUUUGUAAGAACCACUGAUCUAAAAUCAAAUUGAUGCUUUCGCCACAUUAUGUACUUUUUUAAGAGACGGUGUCCAUCACCCAGGUUGGAGUGUAGUGGUUCAACAAUAACUCACUGCAGCCUUGAACUCCUGGCCUCAAGUGAUCCUCCCCCCUUGGCCUCCCAACCUGCUGUAUUACAGAGUUUUAUAAAUGGAAACUGACAUGGACUACGAAAGACCCAACGUUGAAACCAUCAAGUGUGUGGUCGUGGGUGACAAUGCCGUGGGGAAGACACGCUUGAUCUGUGCCAGAGCAUGUAACACCACACUCACGCGGUACCAGCUGCUGGCCACGCACGUCCCAACCGUGUGGGCGAUUGACCAGUACCGCGUCUGCCAGGAGGUCUUGGAACGUUCCCGGGAUGUUGUCGAUGAAGUGAGUGUUUCUCUGAGGCUUUGGGACACUUUCGGGGAUCAUCACAAAGACAGACGUUUUGCAUAUGGCAGGUCGGAUGUUGUGGUCCUCUGUUUUUCCAUCGCUAAUCCCAACUCUCUAAACCAUGUGAAAACCAUGUGGUAUCAAGAAAUCAAGCACUUCUGCCCUCGAACACCCGUGAUACUCGUUGGCUGCCAGCUCGAUCUCCGCUAUGCCGAUCUGGAAGCUGUUAAUAGAGCCAGGCGCCCGUUAGCAAGGCCCAUAAAGAGAGGGGAUAUUUUGCCCCCAGAAAAAGGCCGAGAGGUUGCGAAGGAGCUUGGCAUCCCUUACUAUGAAACCAGCGUGUUUGACCAGUUCGGAAUCAAGGAUGUGUUUGACAAUGCCAUCCGGGCAGCGCUGAUUUCCCGCCGCCACCUGCAGUUCUGGAAAUCCCACUUAAAGAAAGUCCAGAAACCUUUACUUCAGGCACCCUUCCUACCUCCAAAAGCCCCCCCACCGGUCAUCAAGAUUCCAGCGUGUCCUUCCACAGGGACGAAUGAAGCUGCCUGUUUACUGGACAAUCCCCUGUGCGCCGACGUUCUGUUCGUCCUCCAGGACCGGGAGCACAUCUUUGCACAUCGAAUUUACCUGGCUACCUCUUCUUCCAAAUUUUAUGAUCUGUUUCUAAUGGAAUGUGAAGAAUCCCCAAGCUGGGGCGAAGGAGCUUGUGAGAAGGAGAAGCAGGGGCGGACACUGAGCGUUGACCCGGGCGAGGGAGGGGAGGAAGGCCCCCCGAGGACACCGCAGGCCGAGCAGUGGGAGUCCUCCAACAGGACCCCGCUGGGGACCGUGGGGCUGGAGGCUGAGGGCUCGGCUCCCGGGACGCAGCUUCUGUCGGGCUGCAGUAAGGGCUUUGUCGGCUUGCAUAGGGAAAUGCAAGUCAAUCCCAUUUCGAAGCGCGUGGGCCCGGUGACUGUGGUCAGGAUGGACCCCUUGGUCCAGCCAGGCCCUUUCCGGACUCUGCUCCGAUUUCUUUACACGGGGCAACUGGAUGAAAAGGAAAAGGAUUUGGUGGGCCUGGCUCAGAUCGCAGAGGUCCUAGAGAUGUUCGAUUUGAGGAUGAUGGUGGAAAACAUCAUGAACAAGGAAGCCUUCAUGAAUCAGGAGAUUACGAAAGCCUUUCACGUCAGGAAGGCCAAUCGGAUCAAAGAAUGUCUCAGCAAGGGGACCUUCUCGGACGUGACAUUUAAAUUGGACGAUGGAGCCAUCAGUGCCCACAAGCCGCUGCUGAUCUGUAGCUGCGAAUGGAUGGCCGCCAUGUUUGGGGGCUCAUUUGUGGAAAGUGCCAACAGUGAGGUAUACCUCCCGAACAUAAACAAGAUAUCAAUGCAAGCAGUAUUGGAUUAUCUCUAUACCAAGCAGUUGUCGCCUAAUUUGGACCUGGACCCACUGGAAUUAAUUGCCUUGGCAAACAGAUUUUGCCUGCCUCACUUGGUUGCACUUGCAGAGCAGCACGCCGUCCAGGAGCUGACCAAGGCCGCCAUGAGUGGCAUGGGCAUCGAUGGGGAAGUGCUCUCUUAUCUGGAAUUGGCCCAGUUUCACAACGCCCACCAGUUGGCCGCCUGGUGUUUGCACCACGUCUGCACCAACUACAACAGUGUUUGUUCCAAGUUUCGCAAGGAAAUCAAAUCAAAGUCUGCAGACAACCAGGAAUACUUUGAGCGGCACCGCUGGCCUCCCGUGUGGUACCUGAAGGAAGAAGACCACUACCAGCGUGUGAAAAGGGAACGAGAGAAGGAAGACAUUGCACUAAAAAAACAUCACUCGAGACGAAAGUGGUGCUUUUGGAAUUCAUCUCCAGCAGUCGCCUGAAGAGAAAGACGGGGGGAAAAAAUCAGUAAUCUGAUAACACCACUGCUAAAAGCACUACUGUAAAAUUAGUCUUCUUCUUAGAGAUACGAUGUAGUUCAGGUUUCAGGCACUGACCUUCCUCCACUUUUGUGCAUUUAUCUUUGUUAGGAUCAAAGCACAAGCUCACCAUCAAUGAGCCUGGACAAAAAGGGAAGCUGACUCUCUCACUGCAUUCCUUAACCUAAUAUGUAUAUAUAUAUAUAUAUAUAUUUUUUUUUUUUUGGUUAGGAGGCUUAAUAAACUUUAGUCUGUUAUUUUGUUUCUUUUUAUACAGAGAAAAAAAAAUCCAGCUUUCAUGUUUCUGAUUCCAAAUUGGAAAAUAUUUUUAUAUGGUCUCUUGUAUUUUGUUGAAAUGAAAAUACUAUGUAUUACUUUAUUUUACAGGCCACAAAUUGACCACAAAGUCGCCCUGUGAUUCUCUUUUGCCCACAUGACCACCAAGCAUUAUUACAUAAUUAGAGGGUUAUCCUUUUGUUGCCAAGGAAAGGAUUGGGACUUGAAUCCCCCAAGUGCAAUUUGGAGAGUGCUUCACUUUGUUCUGCUAAAUAACGUGGGUAUAAUUACCAAAUCACCUCCAAGAAUGUGUUAUUUACAAUAUCUGCCGUGUAAGUGCUAUAAUUAUAUGGUUAUAUGUGCCAUGUAAAAUAUAGUGAUAUCAAAUAUUCUAUUGUUUAAAUGUCUAGAUUCAAGAGGAUAAUCUUUAUAAUCACCAAAAGGGCUUAUUCAAUCCCAGCAUUACCCAGGGCAAACUCACUGGUGGACCUGAAUACAUACGAAAUCAUUAGUGCAUUGGUGUUUGGAUUGCUGUGUUAGGGUUUGUGUCUCUCAGUGUCCUUGACCUUGCCAUGCCUCUGCAUGCAAUUCUCCACUGACUUGAAUUGAGAUGGGCAAGAGUCCCUAGACUCCGUCCCGCCAUCUACAGGCUUGUCACAUCUCACCACCAGAAACAAAGCUUCCUCAGGUCUCCCACCUGUGGCCAACUUCACUUUGUAAGACCCCUAUUUUUAACUCUUCCCAGGGAAAAUUUUGUGUUGCUGCAGAAGUAGGCCAAGGCAGACCACCCAACUCCUGCUGAAAUUCAGCAGGGCCUGUGAAAGCACAAAGCUGGAGGCCGGGUCCCUGCAUUCUCCAACACAGAAAGGAAUCUAAUUCCAAGAGUCUUAGGAAAUGGUGCUAUCGUGAGUUAGUUCUGACCCUUCGUCAUUCUGAGUUUUCAGUUUUAAAAUAGAAAGUGCAGAGCAGGGGAGUUCUGGUGAGGAAGUCAGUCGUAAAAUGCGACCGUGCACACGCACACGGAGCAUCUUCAGGUCACGACUCCAUCCACACCUGCCAUGGGUGGUUGUGUGGCAGGGGAUGGGGCUCAUUCUGGUGGAAGGUCAACUUACUGAUGCUAAGGGCUGUUUCUUAUUUUCACUUUUUUGUUUGUUUUGCUUUUUGGAAAAGAUAGGAAAAAGAUAGUUGAGUCCAAACCCCAAUGUUGACAGCCAUAUGCAUUUGAAAAAUCUCUCUAGAUUACAGAUGGGCGUGUUUAUUGCUGGCAGUGGAAACACACUAAAUACAAGAGCUUUGAAGAGGCCCAGAAAUGCAUCCCCCUCUCAUGACAAACGAGGAGGCAGUGGCAUAGGAAUAGCUGUAAAUGCAUCCACCUUCGUUUUUUCUUUUUUCGAUAGGGUAGUAAAUCAUUAACGAAAGGAGAAAGGAGACAGAAUGAGAGGGUCAAUGUCAAGACUCAGGAAGACUUGGCAUCUAUCCUAUCAUCUAUAAAUCAGUAGAGGUCAAGUUUUCAAUGAGUAGUCAUAGGCGAAUUGUUCUACAACCAAAGCUCCCAUAUGAUUGUAAUCUUGCCAAAAUGUCAUGGACAUGUAAACGAACUUGGGGUAUAAGCAAUAAUAUCCACUGGUGGUGUUGUCAGCUGCCGUAACCAAGUGGCUGGUUCAUUUGGUUUAUGCUGAUUAUGGCCUUCAACCAUGGUGGUUUCUUGUGUGUUUUUUAUUUCACAAAAAAAGCCAAUAAAAUUGUUUAGCUAUAAAA